UGUCAUCUGCAGAGGAGAAACAGCAACUCGGGAAUAUGCCUGGCAGGAUGGUUCCGUUGGGGCUCACUCGUAUCUGUGUCCCGCUGCUCCUGUGUCUGAUGAUUGCUCAUGUUCCUUCAGGCCUAGGACAGGCUGUCCCCCCGGCUGUGCCACUAGAAGUUUUCACUGUCGAUGAUGAGACUUACAUCUCCGAGAGUCUAGGUGAGUUGGCCAUUACAGUGGGGAGGCCUGACGACGACACAACAACCCUGACUGUGACUGUAGCUUACACAGAUGGGACUGCUAGGGCGCCCGAUGAUUACUCGCAAACCGUCACGUCUAUCAACUUCGGCCCAACAGACACAACACAAAUACUAAAAAUACCAAUAACUGAUGAUCGGAAUGUGGAGAGUACAGAAUCCUUCAGUAUUGCCCUAUCUGCAGGAGGGUACGAAAACAAAGAUGUUCAGGGGUUCAUCACAGAUGAUGAUUCAUCCGUGCCGUUCAAUUGUCGUCGCUUUGGCCAAGACUGUGUUAGAGGGGACUGUUCGCCAGACCAGGGAUUGUGUUCCUGUCCUACUGGCCUCGGGGGCGAUAAUUGUGGAUACGUUACGGCUGAUGUUGACGGAUCAGGGUGUAGUGACAAGAACUGUGGGUCCAAUGGACGCUGUGUGUCUGUGACCGGAGCGGGAUUUUGCAUUUGCGACUUGGGUUAUUACAAUGGCGAUGACGACACGUGUGAAAUCAAACGCACAACCGUGACGUCAUGUGACAACAACAAGAUGACUGUGUGUUUCAACCCAAUCCACACUGACAGCCCUCUCAUCACUGUCUCCGGCUACAUCUCGACAGAAUGCACGGCUAAGCUUGUGUCGGACAUCACUGACACCGAAGACAGGAUCCCCUCCGACAUACGUGGCCAGUGCAUCACUGUCGGCUUCAGCGGAGACUGUGGGACGUACACCAUCGAAGCUAAAGGAGAUGCAGAGGCAUGUUUCUCUUUCUGCAUUCCGUUAUAUUACCGAGGAUUAGAAACGACAGGGUAG